AUGGAGAAUUACGAUGCGGAUUCAAUUGAUGCGGUACUCUGCGUCUCGGUCGGAUAUAGCUAUUUUGAAGGAGGGGAGGUUUUGAGAACAAAUGAAAAUAUAAUUGAUGGUGGUGAUAUGCCAUCCAUUUAUCAGUGUGCAAGAUUUGGAAAUUUCAGUUACCGGUUCAGAAACUUGUGUCCUGGAAACUAUUUGGUCGAUCUUCAUUUUGCAGAAAUUGUCAACGCAAAUGGUCCUAAAGGAAUGAGGGUCUUUGAUGUCUUUAUGCAGGAUGAGAAGGUAUUAUCAGAGGUUGAUAUCUACUCUAUAGUUGGAGCUAACAAGCCGUUACAAGUCGUGGAUGUUACAGUUUCGGUUCUGAUGGAUGGAGAAUUAUCCAUAAGGUUUGAUGGAGUUUGUGGAAGCCCAAUAGUUAAUGGGAUUUGCAUAAAGCGUGCCUCAAAUUUGCCCUCAUUCCAAGUGGAACAUGGUAUUCUCACAUGUAACAGUUGUGGAACCGAAAUUGAAAUUUCAUCAGCUCAGGAUAAACUUAUUAGGAUGAAAUCGAUGGCCAAGUAUGAAAAAAAGAUAGAAGAGCUGAAAAUUCAGUGCCAGCACAAAGCAGAUGAAUGCUAUGAAGCCUGGAUGUCAUUGACAGCGGCAAAUGAGCAACUAGAAAAGGUCAGGAUGGAGCUUGACAACAGGUUCUUCCAAAACAUGUGUCUAGAUCAAGAAUUACAAAAGAAAGCAGCUCAAGUUAGAGAAGUUUCUAGUCAAUAUGAACGUGAUAAGCAGCGGUGGGCUGUUGCCAUUAAUGAACUAGAGAGGAAAAUAAAGACCAUGAAAGAAGAGCAUUCUCAGCUCUCCCGUAAGGCCCAUGAGUCUGCCGAUUCAGUUCCUGAAUUGAAUAAGAUGGUAUCCGCAGUUCAAUCAUUGGUUGGACAGUGUGAUGACCUAAAGUUGAAGUUUAAUGAGGAGCAUGCUAAGAGAAAGAAGCUUUACAACCAAGUGCAAGAAGCAAAAGGGAACAUUCGUGUGUUCUGUAGGUGCCGCCCAUUAAGUAAGGAGGAGGGAUCCGCGGGAUGCGCAAUAGAUUUUAGUGCAGUUAAGGAUGGAGAGCUUGGGAUACUUACGGGUGCCUCCACAAAGAAAAUUUUUAAAUUUGAUCGAGUUUAUACGCCUAAAGAUGAUCAAGCUGACGUAUUUGCGGAUGCUUCACCUUUGGUGAUUUCGGUGUUAGACGGCUAUAAUGUCUGUAUAUUUGCAUACGGGCAAACAGGUACAGGAAAGACUUUCACGAUGGAGGGCACAGAGCAGAAUCGUGGAGUCAACUAUAGGACUUUGGAGCAGUUGUUCAAAACUGUUGAAGAGAGGAAAGAAACUUUUACAUAUAGCAUUUCUGUCACUGCCCUUGAAGUCUACAAUGAACAAAUCAGGGACUUGCUGGCCACCUCUCCAACAUCAAAGAAGUUGGAAAUAAGGCAAGCUUCUGAAGGGGUUCAUCAUGUGCCAGGUAUAACUGAAGCCAAAGUUGAAAACGUUAAGGAGGUUUGGGAUGUCCUGCAGGUUGGAAGCAAUGCAAGGGCUGUUGGAUCAAAUAAUGUAAAUGAACAUAGCAGCCGAUCUCAUUGCAUGCUUUGUAUAUUGGUUAGAGCAAAGAAUUUGGUAAACGGUGAGAGCACCAAGAGCAAGUUGUGGCUUGUGGAUUUGGCUGGCAGUGAGAGGCUAGCAAAAACAGAGGUUCAAGGGGAACGGCUGAAGGAGGCUCAGAACAUCAAUAGAUCACUUUCCGCUCUUGGGGAUGUGAUUUAUUCUUUGGCAACCAAAAGUGGUCACAUUCCAUACAGGAAUUCCAAGCUCACGCAUCUACUUCAAGAUUCCUUAGGUGGUGAUUCCAAAACAUUGAUGUUUUUACAAAUCAGCCCUUCAGAGCAAGACCUGGGCGAGACACUAAGUUCAUUAAAUUUUGCAACUCGGGUUCGGGGCGUUGAAUUAGGCCCUGCAAAGAAACAGAUAGAUACCGGUGAACUUCAAAGGCUGAAGUUGAUGCUUGAGAAAACAAAGCUAGAAUUGAGAUCAAAGGAUGAUGCAUUACAUAAGUUGGAAGAGAACCUUCAAAACUUAGAAGCUAAGGCCAAAGGCAAAGAUCAACUUUUCAAAAACCAACAGGGAAAAGUCAAUGAAUUUGAGAGCCAACUUGAGUCAAAGACAGAGUUAAUCAAACAGCUUGACAAACAGUUGUUGCAACUUUCAGAAGGAAUAAAGGGGAAGGAAGAAACUUGCUCGAAUGUUCAGCAAAAGGUGAAGGAACGUGAGAACAAGCUGAAGGAGCGUGAGCGAGCAGAGACCAUGGCUCUUCAACACAAGGUCAAGGAGCUCGAAAACAAAUUGAAAGAGAGGACACGAGAAUUUGAGAACAUAAUGAAAGAGAGAACACAAGAAUUUGAGGUUCAUUCAGGGAUUCUUCAAAAAAAGAUUGAAGAGCUGGAAGGAAUGUUAAGGCGACAAGAAGCUUUUUCUUAUUCUGAAAAGUUGGAAGUCACGCCGCUUAAUUUAAGAGUGGAAACUAUACAGGACAUGGAUGUCACAAGUCUUAAGAGCUUAAACUCCAAUGACAAUAACAGAAGAAAAAGUAUGGGUUCAGACUUGCUCAAAGGAACAGAUUCUCUCCGCGAGCUAAGGAGAAAAAGACAGAUCCAAAGCAAAGGGACAGAGAACAAUUUCUUAUUAACAGCUUCAUUAGUGGAGAAGAAGUUAUUGACAGGUGAAUCAAAUAAAGUAAAACAUGUUGACUCAUCUAAAGCAUUGGCAAGGAUGACAAGAAGUACAAAAGCAGUUAGUGUUACUACUACUCAAAGGACACUUCCAACUAUUAGUAAGGAUGGUAGUAGCAAGUUGAAAAUGUGGUUAAGAUAGUUAAGGGACGAACAUAUCAACCCUCACAUGUAAAAUCCAUAUUAAGCCUGUUGGAUUAUAUCAUACUCUGCAAUUUACAUGUCUAGUCUAACCUUAGUUUCGUUUGUAUGAUUGAUUGAUAAUCAACAUUCACUUCUCGGCAAGUCCUUCAGAUAGAACCGAUUUAAAGCUGUGAUGUUUGUAUGAAUUAUGGU